AUGAAAAAAUUUGCAUUAUUGAUAAAGAAUGUUCAAAAAUACGCGGAUAAAGUUGGAGAAUGUUACCAAACUGCCGAAUAUAAUAAAAGGGUUUGCGGUGUAUUACUUGAACGUGUAUAUAACGUUGCAAACGGAGUGAAAAUUUUAUAUCUUCUAAAAGAUGAUUACAGUUGGUUUUUUGAAAAUAACGAUAAUUAUCCGAUUUUUCAAGGAUUGGUUCAAGUAAUUGGAAAAAUCCAAAAUUUUAUCAUUGAUAUUUCGCAGUUGCAAGGUGUUGGCAAAUACUUUAAUGAAUAUCGAGGCCCCGAAUUUUCGAUGGAAAUAAAAUUUUAUAAUCUUAUUGGAGAGUUCGAAACGACUAGAGAAGCACUUACUCAUGCGUUAAAAGAACGUCUCGAUUUUGGAAGACCGAAAAAAGAUCAAAAAAUCGAAGAUAAACAAGCUAUAGAUCAGGAUAUUCGGGAUAUGAAAAAUUAUAUUGGAAGUAUUGCUGGUG